AUGUCCUCCGCUGCAGCAACGACAUGGCAGGGUGCGGAGGUCCAAGUUGGCGCCGAGACGGUACCUUUUCUCGCUCUUGCUCUUGCUCUCGUUCUUGGGGUAACGGGUGAUUUUCACGGAAGAGAGUGGGCAAGUCGAUUGACGGUCGAACUGCCUUUACAUGGUCCCUACGAACAUCCCGGAUGCAUACAUACAUACAUGCGAAUUUACACCUCAGCAACCGAAAGUAGUAUGUACAUACUUACUCUAUCCUUUUUCCUUUCUUGGGGAGAGGAGAAUACAGCCCUUAGUAACGCGGGGAAGCAAUAA